AUGGAGGACUCAGAGAGAUCGGAGUUCUGGGAGAGGGGCUACCUGAGCUUCCCAGCCCUCCUGGCGAAGGAGGCGCCGGCGAUCAGAGCUCGCAUGGAUCUGAUGAUGAAAGAUGCACCGGUGACUACGGCGGACUGGAAUGCCGUUGAUGCUGGCGGUGCCGCUUUCGUCCUUGCGGUGAACGAGCACGGCAAAACGGUCCCUGGACGCCUCCUCAAGGUUCAGUCUGCAGCCCUUGCCUCAAGUGCAGUGCUGGAGGUCUUCCGGUCCCCGCAAGUUGUCGCGAAGGUGCAGGAGCUUUACAGCUUCCUCGGUCCGGAGGUUCCUGAGCAUGUGGACGUCUUUGGCACCAAAUUCUUCCCAAUGUGGCCCGGCGGAGUGUCUGUCGACUGGCACCAAGACUGCCAUUACUUCGGCACUGCCUCGGAAAGGAUAAUUUCCUGUGGCGUCUACCUUGAAGACACGGACGAGGAGAAUGGCUGCCUCCAAGUCGUCCCAGGGUCUCACGCCUUCGACUUCGAGCACAAGCCCGGAAGCGGAUUGCACGCGCAAGGCGAGUGGGUGACACCAGAUGCGUCCGCUGUCGUCGUGGAUGUGAUGGUUCCUGCGGGAUCGGUGGUGCUCUUCAACUCGCGCCUGCUGCACGCAGCGAGGCACAACAGCCACGCCGCCCGCACGCGCUACUCUUUGUUUGGGCAUUUCGUCCCCUCUGACUUGGAUUUCAGCUGGCGGGGAACCGACUUCUCACAUGGGAUGUAUCUUGACAGACAUCGGAUCUACUGA